GGUGCGUGAGGUGUGAUGGCGUUGUGCUCUGAGGCCUGUGUCUCUGGCUCAGGAGGAGAAUCCUCCGGGAGUGAGGCGGGUUCUAGCUGUCUUCAGUUUGGGGUUCGUUCCUAUCUGCACCACUUCUACGAGGAGUGCUCGUCCUCCAUGUGGGAGAGAGACCCAGAGGAUCGGGGGUUCGUCCAGAGCCAGAGGUCAGCCAUGUGGUGGAACUCAGCCGUCUGGAAGGUGUCCUUGGCCCUGGGUCUCCUGAUCCUGACUGCAGGCAUUGCCAGCCUGUCAGUCGGUUACUCCACUCCCCAUAAAAUUGAGUCUUUCGGAGAGGGUGACCUGUUCUUCGUGGACACCCAGGCCAUCAGCUUCAACCGGGGGCUGCACCUCAGUGCUGCGGCCGGAAUCGGGCUCUCCUGCCUCGGCUCAGCCCUGGCGGCGAUGGGGGUUGUCAUUUGGAUCCUCCCCAGGGCCAACUUGAAAGAGAGGCUGUUCCACAGACCAGGGGAAAGGGAACAGAGAGGAGAGUUAAGGUCUAAGUGGAGGGGAUUUAGGGAUCUGGGAGAUGUGGUCACUAAGCCGCCAGGUAUUGAAGAGGGGAAGAUACCAGUCACACUGUCGAAAGUGGAAAAUGUGCAGCCCACUUCUUAA